AUGCCUAGCUUCAGUUCUAGAGUCCCCUUUGAGAUGAUGCAAAUAGAACUGUAUGCUCCCACAUGGGUCCCCUUCUACCUGUGUUAUCAGAAUUCCUUCCUCCCUUCUGCCCCUAAUCCGGACCCUUCGACCACCUCCUUGUGUCCUGUUGUGGUAAAACAAAAGCCUGUUCUGCCCCCUGAUGAGAGUGUUCCUGCUGAUCUGCUGAGUGAGAAUCCCCCUCCCUACCACCCUCCCCCGCAGGCUGCUGCGGCUGUUCCAGAUGAAGCUCCAGCAGAAGGACCAGAGGUUGCUCCCUCCCCCAUUGCGGGGCGACUCAGAGAAAGAAGAGGACAGGGAGAUUCCACACACGUCCUGCCCCUCCGACUCGUAGGAGGGGAAGGAAACCAGUUUCAGUAUUGGCCCUUUUCUGCUUCAGACUUGUACAACUGGAAAACUCAUAACCCGUCCUUUUCCCAAGACCCGCAGGCCCUAACGGCUCUGAUAGAAUCUAUUCUCCUUACCCACCAACCCACGUGGGACGAUUGCCAACAGCUCCUGCAAGUCCUUCUAACUACGGAGGAAAAGCAGAGAGUCAUUCUAGAAGCCCGAAAGCAUGUCCCGGGGGCAGACGGGAGACCAACCCAAUUGCCAAACGAGAUCGAGGCUGCCUUUCCCCUCACCAGACCUGCUUGGGAUUUCAACACGACUGAAGGUAGGGAACACCUACGUCUUUAUUGCCAGGUGCUUGUAGCGGGCCUCCAAGGGGCAGGGAGACGCCCCACCAAUUUGGCCAAGGUAAGGUCAGUGACACAGGGAGCAGACGAGCCACCCACUGUGUUUCUAGAAAGACUUAAAGAGGCAUAUCGGAGGUACACUCCCUUUGACCCCGAUAGCCCCGAUCAAGAAGUGAGUGUCUCGAUGUCUUUCAUAUGGCAGUCAGCUCCUGAUAUUAGGAGUAAGCUCCAGAGAAUGGAAAAUCUGCAGGGGCAAGGUCUUAGAGACCUCUUAAGAGAGGCAGAGAGGAUUUUUAACAAAAGAGAAACUCCAGAGGAAAAAGAGGAGAGACAGAAAAGAGAGGCAGAGGAUAGAGAGACAAUGAGAGACCGAAGGCGGAAUAAGGAAUUGAGUAGAAUCCUGGCCACAGUAGUGAGAAAGGAAGGAAGAGGCAGAGUAGAAAGGAAGGGAGACAAUCGGCUUGUCCGACUGGAAAAGGACCAAUGCGCUUACUGCAAGGAAAAAGGACACUGGGCAAAAGAUUGCCCCAGGAGAAAGAAAAACCCAGAAGAAAGAAAAGCCGAGGUCCUUCAGCUUGAUUAGGGAAGUCGGGGCCAGGAACCCCCACCUGAGCCCAGGGUAACUCUUCAAGUGGGGGGAAGGCCAGUCACCUUUAUGGUAGAUACUGGGGCGCAACAUUCCGUCCUCACCCAGAUGACUGGCCCACUCAGCAAAAGAACUAUAUGGGUGGAGGGGGCAACUGGAGCCAAACGCUAUCACUGGACUACAAGCAGGAAAGUCCAGCUUGCUUCAGGAACAGUCACUCACGCUUUCCUGCACGUACCAGACUGCCCCUACCCCCUACUAGGACGGGACCUACUAACCAAACUUGGAGCACACAUCCAUUUUGAAAAUAAGGGAGCCAAGAUUACUGAUUCUAAAGGAGCACCUAUACAAGUGCUCACCCUUAAAUUAGAAGAUGAAUAUAGACUACAUCAUGAUCCCCAUCCUGCCCAAACAGACAUAGACCAAUGGCUGGCCAAAUACCCUGACGCUUGGGCAGAGACAGGAGGAAUGGGAUUAGCUAUACAUCGGCCACCCCUAAUUAUCGAAUUAAAGGCCACCGCGGCACCGGUGGCUGUUAAACAAUAUCCUAUGACGGCCGAAGCCCGCCAAGGAAUCAGGCCACAUAUUAAGAGACUGCUGGAGCAAGGAAUAUUAAUCCCCUGUCGGUCAGCCUGGAACACCCCUCUGCUGCCUGUUAAGAAACCAGGAAGCGGGGAUUACAGACCAGUACAAGAUUUAAGGGAAAUUAACAAGCGGGUAGAAGAUAUCCACCCCACGGUCCCGAAUCCUUAUAACCUGCUGAGCACCUUGUCUCCUAGCCACAUUUGGUACACCGUACUGGACUUAAAAGAUGCCUUCUUCUGUCUGAAGCUGCACCAUCAGAGUCAGCCCUUGUUUGCCUUUGAAUGGAAGGACUCCGACUUGGGAAUUUCUGGACAGCUUACUUGGACACGACUGCCUCAGGGAUUUAAGAACAGCCCCACCCUCUUUGAUGAGGCCCUACACCAAGAUCUGGCUGCUUUCAGGACCCUCCACCCUCACCUGAUCUUGUUACAAUAUGUAGAUGACAUCUUGCUGGCGGCAGAGACACAGGAAAAAUGCCUGGCAGGUACGGAGGCUCUUUUACAGGAACUGGGACAGAUGGGAUACAGAGCCUCAGCGAAGAAAGCCCAACUCUGCCAGAAAGAGGUAACCUACUUGGGAUACCGGCUGAGCGGAGGACAGAGAUGGUUGACAUCAGCUCGCCAGGAAACCAUAUUGGGUAUCCCAGCACCUCGUGAUCACAGACAGGUGAGAGAAUUUCUGGGGACUGCCGGGUUUUGUCGCUUAUGGAUUCCAGGGUUCGCAGAAAUGGCGGCCCCCCUAUAUCUCCUGACCAAGACAGAUGAACCCUUCAUCUGGGAGGAUCACCAUCAACAAGCCUUCGACCACAUAAAGAGGGCUCUGGUGGAGGCCCCGGCUCUUGGCCUGCCUGAUCUAACAAAGCCAUUUGAACUGUACAUGGACGAAAAGUUGGGGUACGCGAAAGGGGUCCUGACCCAAAAAUUAGGGCCAUGGAGACGCCCUGUAGCCUACUUGUCAAAGAAACUAGACCCAGUGGCAGCCGGCUGGCCCCCUUGUCUGAGAAUGGUGGCAGCCCUGGCAGUCCUGGUCAAAGAUGCCUUUAAAUUAACUUUGGGUCAGCCUCUUUGUGUUCGAGCCCCCCACGCCCUAGAGUCUCUCAUCAGACAGCCCCCGGAUCGGUGGCUCUCAAACGCCCGGAUGACUCAUUACCAGGCUCUGCUUUUGGACUCUGACCGCAUCCAGUUCGGACCCCCCGUCGCUCUCAAUCCUGCAACCCUGCUACCUAGCACAGAAGAAUCCGACUCGCAGGGCAACCAUGACUGCCAUCAGGUCCUGGCGGAGGUUUUCGGCACCAGACCAGACCUGAGCGACAAACCACUGGAGAAGGCAGAUCACACUUGGUAUACAGACGGGAGCAGCUUCCUUGAAGGGGGACAACGCCGGGCUGGAGCCGCAGUCACCUCAGACAGCAAGGUAAUAUGGGCCGAGCCCUUACCAGAAGGAACGUCCGCACAGAAGGCCGAACUGAUAGCCUUGACACAGGCCCGGCGGCUGGCAGAAGGUAAGAAGCUGAAUGUGUACACUGACAGCCGGUACGCCUUCGCCACUGCACACAUCCACGGAGAAAUUUACAAAAGAAGGGGGCUUCUCACAUCAGGAGGGAAGGAAAUAAAGAACAAAGCAGAAAUCUUGGCACUAUUAGAGGCUUUGUUUUUACCAAAAGAACUCAGCAUAAUGCACUGUCCAGGUCACCAGAAAGGAAAUCACCCUGAGGCGAGGGGAAACCGCCUAGCCGACCAGACGGCCAAGGACAUUGCCUCCAAGAGUCAGGUUCUGACUAUGCAAAUGGACCCUGAACGUGUUCGGAUGAUCGAACCCCGGUCAUCAGGCUUGCGCGGCAAGCGCUUUACCCGCCGAGCCAUCUCGCCGGCCCCUAUUUUGGACAAUGGCUGA